AUGCCUUCAGCACAACCAAUUCGUGAUGAUGCCUUUGGGUCCCCUGGCAGCAACUUAGACUAUGAUGUUCUUAUCAUUGGUGCCGGACUCAGUGGUAUCCUCAGUCUGUACCGUAUGCGGGAACUGGGCUUGAAGACACGAGUCAUUGAAGCAGGUUCCGGAGAGGGUGGAACUUGGUUCUGGAACAGGUAUCCAGGUGCUAGGUUCGAUUCAGAGAGUUACUCAUACAUCUUCUCAUUUUCACAAGAAGUCCUGGAUGAGUGGAACUGGACCGAGCACUUUGCUCCUCAACCAGAGACCCUUCGCUACAUACAGUAUCUUACGGAUAAGUUCGACUUGAAGCGUGAUAUGCAAUUCAACACACGCGUAAAAUCGGCAAAGUUCCAGGAGGAUACGUCGUCGUGGCUGCUGGAGGAUGAAGAUGGCUCGCAAUACACAUGUCGCUACCUCAUCACCGCUAUGGGCAUUCUCAACCAACCAACUUUACCAAACAUUCCCGGCGUACAGAACUUCAAGGGACAAGCGUGGCAUACAGCCAGAUGGCCCAGUGACGCUUCCGCCUUAGACGGCAAGCGAGUGGGCAUCAUCGGUACAGGCGCAACGGCAAUACAAACCAUACAAGCCAUCUCGGACAAGGUUGGACACUUGGCAGUAUUUCAAAGGACUCCGAAUUGGACAGCCCCACUACGAAAUAAGAAGAUCAGCCCCGAGGAAAUGGAUGAGAUUCGCACAAGAUACCCAGAAAUCUUCCGCAGAUGUUCCGAAUCCUAUGCUUGUUUCAUCCACGUUGGCAACAGCCAGGGCGUGUUCUCUAUGACGGAGGAGGAGCGGCAAGAAAAGUGGGAGAGACUAUACGCCGAACCCGGCUUCGCCAAAGUUCUGAGUGUCUCUUCAGACAUCUUCACAGACCACAGAGCAAACGAGCUUUACAGCAAGUUCCACGCUGAUAAGAUCCGCGCACGAAUCAAUGAUCCCGAAGUAGCUGAGAAGCUGAUUCCCAAAAAUCAUGGUUUUGGGACAAGGAGGGUACCUCUUGAAAGCGGUUACUUCGAGGUUUUCAAUCAGUCAAAUGUCAAGUUGGUUGACAUCAGGGAAGACCCGAUUUCUCAAAUCACAGAAACUGGUGUCCAAACGGGAGAUGCGUUCUAUGAGCUUGAUGUUCUUAUCUACGCUACUGGCUUCGACGCUGUCACUGGAUCUUUCAACGCAGUUGAUAUCCAAGGCCGAAAUGGAACGAGUCUCAAGGAUGUCUGGGCUGAGGGCAUCAGGACGUUCCUCGGACUUACUGUCCAGGACUUCCCUAAUAUGUUUAUGAUUAUGGGUCCUCAUCAAAUGUUUGGAAACAUUCCAAGAUCCAUCGAGUACGCAGCAAACUGGGUUGCCGAGUUUAUUCGAUAUGCUCGUGACAACAAAAUCAUCAGUGCUGAAGCAACAAACAAAGGUAUGGAGGAUUGGACGCAACAUGUGCACGAAUGCGGAAAAGGCUUACUGGCCAAUGAAGUUGACUCAUGGAUGACUGGUGUCAACAAGAACUUGGCUCAUAAGCAGAAGAGAUCCAUGACGAGAUACAAUGGCCCUGCACCAGGGUAUCGAAAGCGAUGCGAUGAGGUCAAGGGAAGAGAGUACUCAGACUUUGUGUUGAGAUACGCUUGA